AUGGCACUUGCGGUAGUAACCACAGCUAAAAAGCUAAAAUACUAUUUCCAAAUCCAUAAUGUAGUAGUUAGAACUAAUCAGCCAUUACAAAAGGCGAUCCAAAGACCGGAAACCUCCGUGAGGCUCGUCCAUUGGUCCAUCCAACUCAGCGAACAUGAUAUAAGAUACAAACCCCGCCCAACUCUUAAAGCACAAGCCUUAGCGGACUUCGUAGCUGAAAUAACUCCCGGCGAAGCAGAACAGCCUAGACCAGAGCUCAUAUGGGAGCUUCACGUAGAUGGAGCUUCAAACGAGAAAGGAGCAGGAGUGGGAGCCAUCCUCAAAGGACCCGGAAAAGUCAAAAUCGAGUACGGAGUGAACAUCCGAUUCACUGCCAGCAACAACGUUACCGAAUAUGAAGCCUUAAUUGCUGGCCUCGGCCUAGCACUAGAGAUAAGAACGGAGAUCCUGAAAAUCUAUAGCGACUCUCAGCUAGUAUGGGAGAUCAUUCAAAUCCCAAGAGAAAAGAAUACCGACGCCAUCGCCAAAUCAGCAUCCGAAUUGGGAGACCUGUUCACAAGGCUGCAGUUAAAGGAAACCCUCGAGUUACCAAGCACCAAAGAAGAAGAAGUCAUGGCGAUUGACGAAACUGAUUCCUGGAUGAUCACGCUGAUCAAAUACUUAGAUCAUGGAGAAUUACCAACUGACAAUGUCGAAGCCAUCCAAGUCAUCCGUAAAUCCGCCAAUUACUCAUAUCACAACGGAGUUCUCUACCGAACCUCCUUAACUCAUCCUUGGUCGAGAUGUGUCUCGCCUGAAACAGGAGGCUCCGUCCUGAAAGAAAUCCACGAAGGAAUAUGCGGGGCGCAUAAAGGAGCGGUCACCAUAACAAGAAAAACAAUGCUCCAAGGCUAUUACUGGCCGACCAUCAAAGAAGAUGCAAAGGCGCUAGUAAAGAAAUGGGACAAGUGCCAGAGACACGACAAUGUCAGCCGUAGGCCAGCAGUACCCCAAGGAUCGCUGGAGAGCCCCUGGCCGUUCGUCACAUGGGGAAUUGACAUAGUAGGACCAUUCGAAACAGAAAAAAUCAAAUGA